UAAACUUAACUCAUUUUUUAUUAAUUUUGUAUUAUAAUUAAUUUUGUUCUCCACUAUAAAGAGUUGAGUUUUUCUCAAACCAUUUAUGUUGAUUCCAAAUCUAUUUCCUUUAUCCACCCACAUCAAACUGAAAUAGGAACUCAAGUCUCAACCAAACUGAAUGGUGUCUAGAUCCUAUUCAAACCUAUUGGAGCUGGCUUCUGGUGAGGCCCCAUCAUUGGGGUUCAUGGACAGGAGAAUUCCAAGGAUUAUGACUGUGGCUGGAUUGAUAUCUGAAGUCGAUGAUGACCAGAGUGAGUGCUCUGAUCGGUCCUCUUCGUCAGCGGCGCACCGUGACCGACUAAUAAUGGUGGCAAAUCAGCUACCCAUAAGGGCUCAGAGGAACCCAGAUGGUUAUAACAGGAAUUCAUGGUCUUUUGAGUGGGAUGAGAAUGCACUUCUUCAAUUGAAAGAUGGGUUCGGUGAUGAUAAUAUUGAGGUUAUCUAUGUUGGAUGCCUCAAGGAAGAUGUGCACCCAAAUGAACAAGAAGAGGUUUCACAGAUUCUUCUUGAGAGCUUCAAGUGUGUCCCAACUUUUCUCCCACCUGAAAUGUAUACCAGGUUCUAUCAUGGCUUUUGCAAACAGCAAUUGUGGCCACUGUUCCAUUACAUGUUGCCUCUUUCACCUGAACUUGGUGGCAGGUUUAACAGGACGCUGUGGCAAGCUUAUGUCUCAGUUAAUAAAAUUUUUGCAGAUAGAAUCAUGGAAGUUAUCAACCCUGAAGAUGAUUAUGUGUGGAUACAUGACUAUCAUCUAAUGGUGUUGCCAACUUUCUUGAGGAAGAGAUUUAACAGGGUGAAGCUCGGAUUCUUCCUUCAUAGCCCAUUCCCUUCCUCAGAAAUAUAUAAAACAUUGCCUGUGAGGGAAGAGCUCUUGAGGGCCCUCCUCAAUUCAGAUUUGAUUGGGUUCCAUACUUUCGAUUAUGCACGGCAUUUCCUCUCAUGUUGCAGCCGGAUGCUAGGUCUGACGUACGAAUCGAAGCGAGGCUAUAUUGGGAUUGAGUAUUAUGGCAGGACUGUUAGUAUCAAGAUUCUUCCUGUUGGGAUACACAUGGGCCAGCUUCAAUCGGUUCUGAGGAUGCCGGAGACUGAAAAGAAAGUUUGCGAGCUCAUUAGACAGUUUUCUGAUCAAGGAAAGACAAUGUUGCUUGGGGUGGAUGACAUGGAUAUUUUCAAGGGAAUAAGUUUGAAGCUUUUGGCCAUGGAGCAGCUUCUGAUUCAGCACCCUGAGUAUCAGGGAAAGGUAGUGCUGGUUCAGAUAGCGAAUCCUGCGAGGGGAAGAGGGAAAGAUGUGAAAGAAGUGCAAGAAGAAACGAAGGCCACUGUGAAACGGAUUAAUGAAACGUUCGGGAUACCAGGGUAUGUUCCUGUUAUUCUGAUUGAGGAGCCACUCAAGUUUUAUGAAAAAGUUGCUUACUAUGUUGCUGCUGAGUGUUGUUUAGUCACUGCAGUGAGGGAUGGAAUGAAUCUGAUACCAUAUGAGUAUGUAAUCAGUCGUCAAGGAAAUGAAACAUUGGAUAAAGUUUUGGGGCUAGCUUCCUCCCCUAAGAAGAAAAGCAUGUUGGUUGUGUCUGAGUUCAUUGGAUGUUCCCCAUCUUUAAGUGGAGCAAUCAGAGUGAACCCGUGGAACAUCGAUGCGGUAGCAGAAGCGAUGGACUAUGCACUGUUAAUGGCUGAUGCAGAGAAGCAGUUGAGGCAUGAAAAGCAUUAUAGAUAUGUUAGUACUCAUGAUGUCGGGUACUGGGCUCGGAGCUUCUUACAGGAUUUGGAAAGGGCUUGCAGUGAUCAUGGACGAAGACGGUGGUGGGGAAUCGGGUUCGGAUUAAGUUUUAGAGUUGUAGCACUUGAUCCAAACUUUAGGAAGCUCUCAAUGGAACACAUAGUUUCAGCAUACAAGCGCACAACAAAUAGGAUGAUCCUUCUAGACUAUGAUGGCACACUAAUGCCUCAGGCUUCUAUGGAUAAGAGCCCAACUAGUCAAUCCAUUGAGUUUCUUAAUAGUAUGUGUAGAGAUAACAAUAACAUGGUGUUUCUUGUUAGUGCUAGAAGCCGAAAGGCGCUUUCUGCAUGGUUUUCUCCUUGUGAGAAUCUGGGACUUGCGGCUGAGCAUGGUUACUUUAUAAGAAUGGACCGAGACGCCGAAUGGGAAACCUGUGUUGCUGCAACAGAUUGUAGUUGGAAACAAAUUGCACAACCUGUAAUGAAGCUUUAUACUGAAACAACUGAUGGGUCUACCAUUGAAGAUAAGGAGACUGCACUUGUUUGGUGGUAUGAGGAUGCGGAUCCCGAUUUUGGGUCGUGCCAAGCUAAGGAACUUCUUGAUCAUCUUGAGAGUGUGCUGGCAAAUGAACCAGUAACCGUCAAAAGUGGCCAGAGUUAUGUGGAGGUUAAACCACAGGGUGUGAGCAAGGGACUAGUGGCCAAACGCCAACUUUCUGCCAUGCAAGAAAAGGGAAUGUCACCUGAUUUUGUUCUGUGCAUAGGCGAUGACAGGUCUGAUGAAGACAUGUUUGAGGUAAUCACCAGUUCAAUGAACGGUCCGAUCGCACCGAGGGCUGAAGUUUUCGCGUGUACUGUUUGCCGAAAACCCAGCAAGGCUAAAUACUACUUGGAUGAUACAGCAGAAAUAGUGAGAUUGAUUCAGGGUUUAGCCUGUGUUUCAGACCAUUCAGUUUUAUGCUCCUUAGUAUCGUAUGCUGCUCCUUAAAUGUUUGAUUAUUUUCAGGAAAACUUGUACAUAUAUUUGGUUUUCACCCUUGAAUUCUGUUUUGCAUUUCUUAGUGAACAUGGUGCUGCUUAUUUCAAA